UUGUCAGACUUGCUUCCUUUGGUUACAGCGACAGAGAGUUCAUCCUUCCUGCAGGUAUCCUGUUGGUCGCUUCACCAUGUGGAAGGUGGUGCUCCUGCUUGUAUACACAGUAUUGGCUGUAAGAGGACUGGCAAAAGGGGCUCCUUUCCAGCCAGAAGAAAAAUGGAAACCUUUAGAUAACCCUAGAAACCGAGACCUGUUUUUCAGAACGCUCCAGGCUUAUUUUUCGGGCAGGGGUCUUGAUCUCAGAAAGUUCCCCGCUACCUUCACUAUGAACAAUGAAGGACCAAGGCCUGUCAUGUUCUACUCAGAUCCUGUUGCUUCUGCAUUUGCAGAUUAUGAAGAAAGGAAAAAUUCUUUUCCAAGUUACUUCCAAGGCUGAGAGGUGUUAACACUUCAACUUCAUGUGAAGCGGGAACCCUCAUAGCAUAAUAUUACUGCUUUGACUUUUUAAAAGUUAUCUGACAAUUAAAAUUCUUCCUCACUGCCACAGUUUUUACCUAUAAUACCUGAUGUAUUGCUCUAACUAGCCCAUUUUCUGACUACCUGGUAAUGCUGUUAACAAAUGCGGUGUUUAGCUACAACGGUUUGUCUAGGAGACUUGUA